AUGGGGAGUCGCGAGCCAGACCAACCCAUGCGUUAUCCGCAGUAUGCUCAGCUCUCAAAGAGAGAAGUUACUUUUGAGCAGGGAUGGCCAGAACCUCUCUUAGGAAAAAUACCAGACAUAGCUCGAGCUGGGUUUUACUACAGGGGAGUGAAAGAUAACGCUACCUGUUUUCAUUGUGGAAUGACUUUAACGAAUUGGGAUCUUGAGGACAAUCCUUAUGCAGAACAUGCUUAUUGGAACCCCAAUUGUCCUUACAUCAAUCAGUAUAAAGGACGAAGCUGGGUGAUGGGUCUCAAUGAAAUCUACCUGUGUAAGAGAAUAAAGUUACCUGAUCCCAUAGGGGACAGCAUCCUGGUCUUAUUAGGACCCAGACAUCCCAAGUAUCGGGAAUUCAAAUGGAAAAUCAAAUAUGUCUUGGCUCAGCAAAGAGAGGGACCCGAAAGCACUUGGAUUCAAGGGAAAUGGAUAGAAAAAGCCGGAGAUUGUAUUAAAGAUUAUGGCAAGAAAGUGGUCCCAAAAGGAUACGACAUCAAAGACUGUGCUUGUGAAACACACUAUUUGUACAUGAGGAGAUCGUUCCCCAUACAAAAAGAACUGAAGAAAAGUUUUGAAUGUUUAUUAUUAUGA